CUCGGCAAAAGCAGCAAAUCGCACGCACUUCAUUUUCUUCUCUCUCUCUCUCUCGGCCUCACUUCUUAUCCUUCUUCUUCCACCAUGCUCCGCUCAAACCAGGCUUAAACCCUGCUAGUCUCAUAUGGAUGUAGGCUAUUGUAAUCAUUAUCCUUCUUCUUCUUCCAUGCUCCGCUGAAACCAGUUUUAAACUCUCCCAGUCUCAUCUUUGGACAAUAUGGAGCGGCAAGGUGGUUGCAAGAACCCUGCUCAAUUGAUGCCUCCGACUCUUGAUACAAAUUCUAGGGAUGCAUCUUAUCUACCUGAGCACGAGCCAAACCAGCAGUUUAUGGCAUCUGGAAGCAAUGGCAGUCGUCCUAGUUCUCUUCCUUUAAAUCAGUGGACACAUUGCCAGCAAACAUCUUACAAUCAUGUCAAAUGUCUUCAAGAAACUUCGCAUUUUCCUUUCAAGGCCCAUACAACAGAUAUAGUAGCUGCAGAAGGAAGUCCUUCACCAUUAAGUAGCAUAAAUUCUGCAAAUGAGGUCUCUGAAAUCCAAAGGGAAAUUUUAUGCAACAACUCAGUACAGGCCGGAUUUCUGAGGACACACAAGGAAGGAGAAUCUGUAAACAGAAUUACAAGUGCAAAAUAUCAGAUCUUUGGUCAGAAAUCAAAUGAAGAUUACUGUAAUGGUUCUCUGCCUCAUUCAAGCGUAACGGUUGCUGCACUAGGUUUCUUGCCAAAAAAAUGCAAGAGUUUGUCAAGACAGAGAGCCACUGCAAAUGACCGUCGUCGCAGAUUAAGAAUAGCAGAAACGCUUGGUGCAUUGCAACAACUACUUCCACAAUCUAAAGAGGGUGACAAAGCAGCUCUGCUGGAUGAUAUCAUUGAUCACAUCAAGUUUCUGCAACUGCAAAUUAAAGAAUUGAGUCGAAGCAGAUUGGGAGGUGAAUCAACUUCUGACCCUUUUGUUUUUCUUGAGGGUUAUGGCCACUAUCUUUGCCAUGAGCAUAUGGUGAACGAACCCCUCGAGGAAAUGAUGGGAAAGUUGCUGGAGGUUAAUCCAACUUCAGCAACACAACUGCUGGAGAGUAGGGGCCUUUCUGUGUUGCCCAUGAAUCUGGCUGAAUGGGUUAUUCCAAGCUGUAUAGAUGCUUGAGGCUAUGUGAUGGUUUUUUUCUUUUUAUCUUUUUUUUUUCAUUCUUCACUGAAGAAUUUCAGAAUAUGAAGUUUUCUCGAUGUUUUGGCCAAACUUGGGGAAAAAACAAUUUGAGAAGUUGGUACUUUUUGCCAAAACCAAGUGGUUUAGUUUACCUGUGUAAUCGUUUUCGAUGAAGAAACAUAAAAUCAUAUUGCCUUUC